AUGGCAGCAAGGCGGCGACCAGGCGAUAACAAGAGUGCCGGGAUCUUAACUCUCUUGUACGAUGAAGCGAUAAAGCAGAGCAUCAAGCUGGAGAAGGACACGAACAAGCAGAUCGAGGACAAGGACCAGCAGAUCGACGAUCUCAAGAAUGAAAAGAUCAGCCUGGAGGCCAACAAGGAUCAACUCAUCAACGCACUCAACCUGCAGUUGCAGGAUAUGAGGCUGAAAGCUUUCAUCGUCAACAAUCGAGCGCUGAUUGAGAUCGGGAUAUCACGGUACAACUGCAGCAUGUCUCUUACCGACGGUAUCAAGACGUUUUUGACGGGCCAUCUGUUGACGGAGCCGAAGAACACACUGAAUGAGUACAGCAAGACAGUCUGUCGGCAGCUGCGAGACUUUGGCUUCGCAGGCAAGGAACAAUCUGUUUCGAAAGAGCUCGCAAACUUGAUGCACGAGAUCUCGAAACCUUUACAUAGCAUGCAAGUAUGCCGAGAACUAUCAACCGAGGGUAUGUGGUGGGAGGGAAUCCGCCGCAUGCAGAAGCGCUUGCUAUCAUGGUCUUGA